AUGAAACCAAGCCAUCACAAAUUCCAUCAUCCUUAUGAACCCUACAAUAUCCAGGCUGAUUUUAUGCUGAAUUUGUACCAAUGCAUUGAAGACGGAAACGUAGGAAUAUUCGAGUCUCCUACGGGUACCGGAAAGUCGCUGAGCCUUAUAUGUGCGGCACUAACCUGGCUGCGUGAUGAUGAGAGGCGACGUAUCUUUGGAGAUCAAGGUGAUGAAAGUGAGCUGGACUGGCUUGAGCAAGCCGAAAUGAAGGCACGAAGACAACAGCUCCUUGACACUCAUAUGGAUUUAGAGGAGAAAUUGAACACUAUACGUCUGAGAAAUGCUAAAGACCAAUCUCGAAAACACGCUGCAAAGAGAGUGAAAAUUGAUGAGACAAUCGAAGAGCAAGAUCUGGUACUUGAAGAUUACGAAAGCGAUAGCGAGAUAGGGAACAACAAGCUAGGUGGCGAUCAAUCCUUAUCGUCUACCACUCGAGCUCUGCUUGAGCAAUUGAAGCCAGUCAAGUCUGCGCAAGAGGAUGUUCGAGAGGAAGACCGAACCAAGGUCAUUUUCUGCUCACGGACGCAUUCGCAACUUACGCAGUUUGUGAACGAGUUGAGGAAAAUCUCUAUCUCGUCGGGAGCGUCACAAGACAAGAGGGAAAAAGAAAUUGUUAAGCACCUUGCCCUCGGCUCCAGGAAGAAUCUAUGCAUUAACCUAAAAGUAGCGGGACUUUCCUCAACGACAGCAAUCAACGAGCGAUGCUUAGACCUUCAAAAGCCAGGCACAGCGCAAGACCAGAAAUGCAAGUAUCUGUUAUCGAAAGUCUUUAGCGAAGACUCAGAACGGCUUGAAGACUUCAAGAACAAUGUCAUUGCCCGAAUUCAGGACAUCGAAGAUAUUGCGAACCUAGGCAGAAAGAUGAGCAUUUGCCCUUACUACGCCGCGAGAUCGGUCAUAUCAGCAGCAGAGGUGCUCACGCUACCCUAUCCCCUUCUUCUACAGAGAAAUGCACGGGAGGCGCUUGGAGUUGCUGUCAAAGAUAACAUCGUCGUUAUCGAUGAAGCUCAUAAUUUGGCCUCUGCAAUUGCAGAUACGUUGUCAGUUGUUGUGCCCUUGACACAUCUUGAACUAGCUCACAAGCAAGUACUAGGCUAUUGUCAGAAAUUUCGAAACAAGCUAAAAGGAAAGAAUCGAGUUUACAUUGCACAAAUUGUUCGCCUCCUCAAAGCAUGUAUAACUCGACUACAGCAGGCAAAAGAGAGUAGAACAACUGAAACGAGCCUGCUAGCCAACGAGCUAAUUUCAGCAUCUGGUACAGAUCAGAUACAGCCACACAAGCUGGUCAAGUACAUCCAAGAGAGCAAGCUCGUGUACAAGAUUGAAGGCUAUGCAGUCCUGCUCGAACAACAAAGUGGUCAGCAGCUCAAUGUCAGAGGCAGCGAGCAAAAUGCCCCUCAGCCUAAAGGCGUCCUUGCUGAGUUCCAGAAUCUCCUAAUCGCACUGACAAAUCCAACUUCUGAAGGCCGCUUCUUCAUCACACAGAAUGCGAUGGAAGUUGCCCUCAAGUACACGCUCCUCGAUCCCCAGGCACAUUUUGAAGACAUUGUAAAAGAAGCCCGAGCAGUGAUACUGGCGGGAGGCACUAUGUCACCAAUGAACGAGUGGUCAGAGCAACUGUUCCCAUAUGUCAAGAUCGACAAGCUCCAAACGUAUAGCUUCGGACACAUCAUCGAUAAGGGCAACGUUUUAGUGCAGCCUUUGUCAAGAGGUUCCACUGGCGACGAAUUCGACUUCACAUUCAAUAAUCGACGAAACAAGCGCAUGAUCAACGACUUGUCAUUCCUAGUGGAAAGGAUAUGCACCAUAGCACCAGACGGUAUGGUGGUCUUCUUUCCUAGCUAUGAAUACUUAGCGUUCAUUACCGAUACAUGGAAAAUCGCAACAGAAGCAGGCUCGCCUUUCAGCAGGAUAGGCACACUAAAACAGAUCUUUCAAGAAAGCAAAGAGGUCAAUGUGGACGAAUUGCUUACUGAAUACUCGAAUGCCAUAAAUACAGGCAAAGGUGCUCUGAUGCUUGCUGUUGUAGGUGGCAAGCUCUCGGAAGGCAUCAACUUCUCUGACAAGCUUGGACGAGUGGUGGUAUGUGUUGGUUUGCCAUAUCCUAACAUCAAAUCUGCUGAAUGGAAAGCAAAGGUUGAGUACAUUGAGCGUCUUAAGUACGAUAGAAGCAAAGCGGAAGGAGCUUCUGAUAGUGGAUGUAAAGCAAAAGCUCAGGCUGCAGGAAAGGAAUAUGCUGACAACAUCGCCAUGAGAGCGGUAAAUCAGAGCAUAGGACGAGCCAUCCGACAUAGGAGCGACUAUGCUGCAAUCUAUCUGAUCGACAAGAGGUAUGCAACAUCGAAGAUACAGUCAAGAUUGCCAGCCUGGCUAAGAAGUAGCAUGCGAGAAUCAGAAAAGUUGUGGCCGCAGGUUGAGCAGGAGUGUAACCAAUUCUUUGCCAAGAAGACUCAAGGAAGUCUUCAGCGUAUUUAG